AUGGAAAAGGAUUCGCUCGGUGGCAGCAAAUAUUUGCUGCUGAUCAUCGACGAAGCCAGUGGAUGCAUGAAGGGCUUUUGUCUACGAGUGAAGUCCGAGAGUGAAGACUACAUCCGGAAAUAUAUCACCAUGGUACAGACGCAAUUCUGUAAGAAGGUCAAGUUCGUGCGACACGACGGAGCUCGCGAGUUUGCAACCAACUCGCUUCAACUGUUCUACGAAGACGAAGGCAUUGAACAGCAGACAACGGUGCCGUAUGCACAUCAAACAAACGGAACAGCAGAGCGUGCCAUUAGGACUAUUGUCACGAUCGGCCGCAGCAUGCUUCAUCAUGCCAAACUGGACAAGUGUUUCUGGGCCGAAGCAGCGAUGACGGCCAUCUACGUCAAGAAUCGACUGCCGUCACCUAAAGUCGUGCACAAGACCCCGUUUGAGAUCGUCUACAACUUGAAACCAAGCGUCAAGCACAUGCGAACAUUCGGGUGUCAGACAUACAUACUGACGCCUAAAGAGAAUCGACUCAAGUGGGAUCCAAAGGCUCGCGCUGGCAUAUUCGUGGGCUACGAAGAAGUUUCGAAGGCAUAUCGUGUUUAUGACAUCGAGGCGGGGCAGGUGGUUAUCAGCCGCGAUGUCAACUUCGACGAGUCCACCUUUGGACUUCAACUGUAUUGA